AUGUUCUUCAACAAGUCUUCUCUCGCUCUCGCCUUCGUGGCUCUCGGUAGCAUCGUCUCCGCCCACCAAACGCCGGCCUGUGUCCUGUCUGUUAUGGGGUCGCAUCUCCAUGUCCAUAAACAACACUCGGCAGUCCCCGAACAACAAUUGACAAAUCUCUCCAGUGACACCAACAACCCAGCUGAUCUGGCCACCAUUUGUGGUACUGAUGCAAAGAAAACUGAGACUGCCAUCUGCAACUCGUGCGGCAGCGGCGCCGAGGCGGCCCUGAAGUACUUCGCCAACGUCUGCACCGCGGCCGGCCACGAAGUUGAUAUCCCCUCCGUCACUGCUAGCAGCGCUACUGCUUCUAGCUCUGGCUUCGCUACCGCCGUCUCGACCUCUGGCUCCAAGGCUACUGGCUCGACCUCUGGCUCCGGCUCCGGUAGUGGCUCUGAGUCUGAGUCUGGCUCUAGCUCUAGCUCUGGCUCCGGAUCUGGCUCUAGCACUGGCUCUGGAGCUUCUCGUAGCUCUUCGGCCUCUACUGCUCUUCACACCGGUGCCGCCGUGUCUGACCGCCAGCUAUCGGGAACUACGCUCCUCGGGGCUGCCGUAUUCGCCGGCAUUGCCGCUUGGCUUUGA